ACUUCUCCUCCACAUUCCAAAAUCAAAAAUGUGCAUUAUCCACUCUUUCUUUCUCUCUGCCUCUUUGCUCGCUCGCGGUUUUGGACUUCCUGAAAAGGCAAGAACGAAGAAACCGCCAUGAUAAUGAAUCUUUCAACCUGUUCUCCUUCUUCGUCUCUCUUCAGGUUGAUCGAUUCUAAGUCACCCGUCUCACCUUUGUCUCUCAAGUCCAAGACCCACCUCUCCAAAUCUCCUUAUUUUGUUGAAUCCAAUCAACCGACUUCCCCCUUCUUUCACGUUUCUCAGUCCAGGACUCCAUUUCUACGUGGAAAGAAUGAACAGUUUCAGGGAAGAAGUCAAACUGUGAAGGCUUUCGCUAUACCCGGAUUCGAUUUGGGCGGAUUCGAGAGUGCUCAACCAGUUCUACAAGCCGCUGGAGUACUAACUGCUAUUAUAGUAGUCCAUGAAAGUGGUCAUUUCCUAGCAGCUUAUCUUCAAGGGAUUCAUGUAAGUAAAUUCGCAGUAGGUUUUGGUCCGAUUUUAGCUAAAUUCAACUCAAACAAUGUAGAGUACUCUCUCAGAGCAUUUCCCCUUGGUGGGUUUGUGGGUUUUCCUGAUAAUGAUCCCGAUAGCGAUAUUCCUAUAGAUGAUGCAAAUCUACUCAAGAACAGGCCAAUCUUUGAUAGGAUUGUUGUUGUUUCAGCUGGUGUAGUUGCCAAUUUAGUGUUUGCUUUCGUUAUUAUCUUUAUGCAAGUAUUGUUUGUUGGAUUGCCCGUUCAAGAGUCCUCCGGUGGUGUUCUUGUACCUGACGUCCGCCCUUUAUCAGCUGCUUCCCGUGGAGGGUUACUCUCUGGGGAUGUAAUUCUUGGCAUUAAUGGAACAGAAUUGCAAAAAACAGGACCUGGCCUUGUCACUGAAGUGGUUGAUGUUAUUAAGAAUAGCCCCAACAGGAAUGUUGUUCUUAAGGUUGCUAGAGGAGCACGAAAUUUGGACAUUAGUGUUACACCAGAUGAGAGUUCGGAUGGGACUGGUCGAAUAGGGGUUCAAUUAUCGCCUAACCUCAAGUUUUCGAAGGUUCUACCAAAGAAUCUCGUAGAAGCUUUGAAUUUCUCAGGUCGCGAAUUCUGGGGACUUUCUGUGACUGUUUUGGAAAGCUUGAAGCAGACUUUCCUUAAUUUCUCCCAAACAGCCAGCAAGGUUUCUGGUCCGGUUGCCAUUAUAGCUGUUGGUGCAGAAGUUGCGAAGUCGAAUGUUAAUGGGCUUUACCAAUACGCCGCUAUCCUGAAUCUGAACCUAGCUGUGAUUAACCUUUUGCCUCUGCCUGCUUUAGAUGGGGGUACAUUGGCUUUGAUUCUGAUAGAAGCAGCUAGAGGAGGAAGAAAACUUCCAUUAGAGUUGGAGCAACGGAUUAUGUCAUCAGGCAUCAUGCUGGUUAUCGCUCUCGGGUUAUUCCUCAUUGUUCGAGACACAUUGAACCUAGAUUUUAUCAAAGACAUGUUAUGAAGAACCAGACAUGUCUUCUCAUGUAUAAUUCAUAAUAUUCCUUCUGCGCGCAACAAAAGCAACCUAGCUUUUAUGGGUAAUGGCAGCUCUUAAUCUUGUUAUUUUGGUUUCCUUUUUGUUUAACACGAAUUUGUCAUAUGUCAUAUAAUCAUUCUCAUCUUGUGAUACUGUUGAAAUCGAAAAGUUAAGGCAAAGAAUGCAUCUAAUAGCUGUUCCCCUCUUGUUUAUGUUCA